UGAUGAUAGCAAGACAAAAUUUUGGCGAAUCUACUGCCGGGAACUGAACCAAAAAUUUCACCCUGAAUGUUUCGGUCAGGCGGAGAAGACAUUGAUGAAAAGAGGUUUGUACAUGUUUGGUAUUGAAUUAUCCCAGAGGUCAAAAUUUUCAGUUUUCAUAUCCAUAAUAUUUUUCUAUAUGUGAUAAAGGGCUUCAUGUUAAGUUUGUUGUGCCUAAUUACCAGUAUAGUCGCCUUAGUCUCAUGCAUUUUUCCUUAUGUGUUUAAUGAAUGUGAUGUUCCACACAUGAAAAUUCUUACUAAUAUAAAAUAAUAGCUAAUUAUAAUAAUAGACACAAUAAAAGUGCCCAGUAAUUAAUUAGCCAUUUUUCUACUUUGAUCAGCUAACUCCAGCAACAGCCAAAUUCUUGGCCAAUCACCAGCAAACCCCAAAACAGAACAGGCGACCGCGGGAACGGUUCCAAAGCUUUCCAAGACAAAGUCUGCCGCUUCUCCUACAGCUUGCAUUUACGAUUGGUUAAAGAGAAGGUCACACGGCAGUGCACAUGGUCAAGAUCCCGAGGAGCCGGUGAGAAAAGUAUCCCGACAAGAAUCUGCUCUGCCGGCAUUAGAAAACACAAAACCACCAGCCUGUUCUUCAGUCACCACAUUGGGCAAUGUCUCCACAGAUGAAGUGUCUUCUGGGGAGUCUGAAAGACUGUCAUCUCCUGUGUCAACAAAUUCAUCCCAAAGUAAAAAGCGUUCUCACGAUGAAUCGGAAAUAUCUUCCGAUUCGUCACAUUGUCCGGUGGACCCUUGUAUUAAAUGUAAAGGAAUGGAGAGUUGCAACAGUGAACUGGUUUCUUCUGCUAAAAGACAAAAAACUGGGACUUGCAACACAUCCAAUGACAUGAACAAGGAAAGUAAAGACACAUUCUCAGACAUUAAAGACAAUAAAAUAGUGGAAAGUUUAACAAAAGUGUCAAGUCCUGUAAAAACGGCCAAAAAUCAAAUGACCUCACCACAGAAAAGGAGCCCAGCCAAAAGGAAUGAGAACUAUUCACCAAAAAAGUUGGCCUGUCACAGAGUGAAUUCUGACAUGGAUGAAUAUGUUAUUUCUCCUAAGCGGCCACGUUUAAUGCAGCUUGACUCUAAUGGCAACAGCACUCCUAGCUUUAGUGUUAGGGUCUCUUUGUUUUCAGACAAGUCACCCACAAAGUUAAACCCUUCUUCCAGUAAGUGGGAUCAGCCAUCUCACCCAUCUGCUGUGAGUUCAAAACUGUCUUCCCUUGAAGAAAGCUGCAUGAAAGCAGAAUCCAACUCGAGCAUUGAAUAUGAAAGUGAUCCAUCUACUUGUGGUCAGUCUCAGCUCCAACCCGUUAAAAACUGUGAGGACGCCGGUGUUUGUGCAGAUAACUUUCAGAGUCCUUACAAAGAGGAUCUUUCCAGGAGAAUUGCCGACAGUGUUGACUUAAAUUCACCAACGAGGGACCUGCCCAACUUAGUGCUGGAUGAAUUGUAUGGGCGCAAUAUAACACCCACGAGUAGAAAGUCCAAACCCCAGUCCCCUAAAGUGGAUUGGCUGACAAAAUUAAGAAUUCAGAAGUCACAAAAGGAUUUUGACAAGUCUCCCAAACAAACACCUCC